AUGGUGUUGGCGCUUGUCUGGAAAGCUGCUGCAAAGCAGGCAACUCGUCGCGUGUCGCAGAUGCAGACUUGUGUGAUGACGCGCAGCUUUGCCUUUCGAACACGUCACCAUGAUGACGAUGACGAGUCGUUUCGUGGCCGUCGUCGUCGUAAUCCGGACGACAUGAUGCCCAAAGAGAGCAACGACGAAGAAUCAGGCGAUUUAUACGACCCGUAUAGAGAAUAUAUGGAGACGACGGGUGAACGUGGUUAUCGGGAAUUCAAUCCAGACAAUGUGGACACUGAAGACUCUCAUCGCGAGUGGGAGGAACCUGCUGCAAUGAUGGACGACAAGUCGUGGCCGUCUACUACGGGCUCAUCCGAUUUGUUUUUGGAUUUGCUUAAUAUUCCAAGUGAACCACCCAGUGGCGAGAAAUUAGACAAGAUUUUGAAGGAAGCUUAUAGUCGGAUGGGCCAUACGGGCCACAUUGAUGAUAUUAAGCUACCGGAAAUGGACGUUGCGAUCCCAGCGGAUCAUCCGGAUAAGGAGGCAUUGGAGAUUAUGAAGAUGUCAAUGAUGAACAAUGGACGAUUGAAAAUGGAUGACAAGAAUCAAUUAUUGACAUCGAUUAUUGAUGAAUUGAACCAUUUACGACGUGACAAGACGACGUUGUUUAAAGGACUUGAGAAUGACGAAGAAGAAGAAGAAUAG